AAACCCCCCAAAUUUACAUAUCGAUUUUUCAUUUUCAUUCCCAACCUUGGACCUCCCUCUCUCUCUUUCUCUCUCGAACUCACAUUCUCUCUCUACACUCUCCAAUUCUUCUUCCAUCAACGCGUAGAUUCUUCUGCAUUUUCAACACAUCUCUCUCUCUCUCUCUCUCUACAGAACAAUGUCUGAAAAUCGCCGGCGAAAGACGCCGACGGUGGCCGCCGGAGGAGAAACUCGAGAAGACCUAGCAAUGGUGUCGGAGUUGUCGCCAACCGAAUCGGAGCUCGCCCGGCUUAGGCUUCGACAGCGAUGGGAGUUUGCCUCCGUUCUUAAUUUUUUGCAUGUUUUUGAGCCUGUUAUUGAGAGUAAGAUGAAGGUUUCGGCUGAAGAUAUUGAGACAGCUCUUAUAACACCGAACAAUUUGCUUGCUCAACUUCACAUAAUGCUUUUGAAGGUUUUGGUCUCUUCAUUGUUGAUGAACUGAUAGUU